AUGGCCUUUGAAUCAUCAGCCUUUAACAAGCGCAAAAGAGAUGAUAAACUUAUAGAUGGAUUGAUCGAGAACCGUAAAAAAAGGUUGCUCGAGACCUUCUCAGAAUUAACCUUGAAUGAAGGUAUACAUAAACAAGAUUUCUCUAAAGAUGUAGAUAUGAAAAACGAAUGUUAUUAUGAAAAAGAUGCUCAUACAACAGUUAUAGAAAAUAUUGAAGAUUUUGUAGAUAAAGAAGAAAAAGGAGGAGAAAUAAAAUCAAAUAUUUCGUUUUUGAAGGGUAUUUGUGAAAAAAUUGUAAAUAUUCAAAAUUUUAUAUCUCAACCUCAAGAAAGAGUGACAGAUCUUAUUCUUUAUCAAUGUCCUCAAUGUUGUAUUUAUGGAUAUAGUUUUGGGGAAAAAAAAUGUUUACAUUCGAAUAAUGAUGUUAAAUAUGAAGAUAAAAUGAAGUAUCAAGAAAUGUCAGAUGAAGAGGAUACAUCUAUGAAUAUGGAUAUAUUUUAAAUUGAUGUUUUUUUAAAAGUUUUGAAAGAAAUUAAUUUUGUAGGAGAUAAAGUUAGUAUAAAGAAAAGAUAUCUAACGAGAAAAAGAUUAUAUCAUGUUUUUUAUUAGUUGAGC